CUCUCGCAGUAGUAUUUUGUAAAACUUGCUUGCGUUCUGAACUUUUCCAGCGAACGCACUCCGAAGUACACAUUGCGCUAUUUUUUAAGACUUACAUCAGGCAUUACAUUAAUGUAUUUUACUUCGUUUAUGUUGCCGCGUUACGAUCCGUUUUCACACGCCGGGAGCCGCUCCUGAGUACGACUCUUCUUUCUCCGCUCCGCAGAGGUUGUGAGAUUGUCGAUGUCUGAGAGGGGAAAUGAUCCAGACUGGAACAGAGCCAGGGCCUGCCACAGUCAGUCAUAAGGAGGCGCUGUCCGUGGUGAGUGAGGAUCAGUCUCUGUUCGAGUGUGCAUACAGCGUGGCCCAGCAGGGUAAGGUGGACAUGACGGCAUCGGCAGCAGGCGAGUAUGGCCCGAGCAAGCUGAGCCCCAGGGCACCGCCAGACUGGCUCGCCCCACCACCCGGCCGGGUCACCGUCAAGAUGGAGUGUGGCGGGGGUGGGACCGCUGUGGCCGCAGGAGGAGGAGGAGGGGCCCAGGUGAACGGCUCGAGGAGCUCUCCCGAUGACUGUAGUGUGGGAAAAGGAAAGAUGGCAGGUGGGGGUGAUGGUGCUCCCAUGGUCUACAGCAGCUACAUGGAGGACAAGCACAUUCCCCCGCCCAACAUGACCACCAAUGAGCGCAGAGUCAUCGUACCUGCAGACCCCACGCUGUGGUCAGCGGAUCACGUGCGCCAGUGGCUGGAGUGGGCAGUGCGGGAGUAUGGCCUGCUGGAGGUGGAUGUCUCCUUGUUUCAGAGCAUCGACGGCAAGGAACUCUGCAAGAUGACCAAGGAGGACUUCCAGCGGCUCACGCCCAGCUACAAUGCCGACAUCCUGCUGUCACACCUCCACUACCUGCGAGAGACUCCACUUCCCCACUUGACUUCAGACGAUGUUGACAAAGCCUUGCAAAAUUCGCCACGGUUAAUGCAUGCCCGUAACACAGGAGGUGCCAGUUUCAUUUUCCCUAACCCCCCUGUGUACCCACCUGAUACUCCCAGAGCCCCUGCGAGAUCAGAUUUGGCUUAUGAGGCCAGCAGGCGUUCUGCUUGGCCGCUGCAGUCAGCAUCAUCCAAUAAAGUCUCACAAUCCUCGCCAGCCAUUGUCACCAAAGCCGAGGAGCAGAGGCCACAGCUUGAUCCGUAUCAGGUUUUGGGACCUACCAGUAGCAGACUGGCAAACCCAGGUUCAGGUCAGAUCCAGCUGUGGCAGUUCCUGCUUGAGCUGCUCUCUGAUAGCUCCAAUUCGAACUGCAUCACGUGGGAGGGCACCAACGGCGAGUUCAAGAUGACAGACCCGGACGAGGUGGCGCGGCGCUGGGGCGAGCGCAAGAGCAAACCCAACAUGAACUACGACAAGCUGAGCCGCGCCCUCCGCUACUACUACGACAAGAACAUCAUGACCAAGGUGCACGGCAAGCGCUACGCCUACAAGUUUGACUUCCACGGCAUCGCCCAGGCUCUGCAGCCCCACCCGCCGGAGGCCUCCGUCUACAAGUACCCCGCGGAGCUGCCCUAUGUCAGCUCCUACCACGCCCAUCCCCAGAAGAUGAACUUCAUGUCCCCGCACCCACAGGCGCUGCCUGUCACCUCCUCGAGUUUCUUCGCCACGCCCAACCCCUACUGGAACUCGCCUGGGGCGGGCAUCUACCCCAGCCCACGCCACCCAGCUGCCCACAUGCCCUCCCACCUGGGCACCUAUUACUAGACAUUUCAGUGGGAUAAGGGAAAACAACUCCACUGAGUUGAACUGGAGCGCCCCCGGGAGGCUGAAACGGGCAAACAGGGAAACCAGCAGCUUCUGCUGAGCCAGCACAGCUACCAACCAUCCAGGGCAGAAUUUAAAUAGGAGACACAUGGGAAAUGAGGACCCCUACUGGGCAGGGGAGGUAGGGUGGGGAAGGCACAAUGUAACAGAAAACUAGAGUAUGAGUUUAGGAUGUUGUAGCAGGUAACAUGAGCAGGGCACAAAUAUUUUGGACUCGUUAUUCUAAAUGAAAUCCAAGGAAUGCAAAAUAAUAGUGUAAUCAUGUCAAAUUUAACUACAGUGCAAUGGCUACAUAAAGCAUGUCAGUGUAAAGUACCCGUGGCCUAAUUAUGGUCUCCGGUCACAGGGCAGCACUGUUCUGUCCUCCAGACGAAAACAAGUAGCAGGUCACUUAAAAGAAUGUGAUGAAAACUAAUAAGUUAAAUACAUGUAAAAAAAGGGGCUUUUCAAUUAAAAAAAAAAAUGUAAAAAACAAAACAAAAAAAGAACAAAAACAGAUGCAUGAACAAUUAUGUAUUAUUAUAUAUGUUUUAAGUAUCAAACUACCUUAUCUUUAAAAUGGACAUAUCAGAGAGAGAGAGAGCAAGGUAGAGAGAAGUAGGAAGGCAUAAAUAGAAUGAAGGGAUGGGUGGAGUUUUAACAGAGUUCAAAGGGCGCAGGCGAAAAAAAUGGAGGCGGGACUGACUGCCAAGAGUGGGUGGAGUCACAUGGCAGACGCACGCAGAGGGAAAGAGAUGAUGGAGCGUUAGUCAGGAAAGGGAAUGAAUGUAAAUUGUGUGACCAUUAAGUAUUAUUGCUUUCGAUGUAAACUGCCAUAUUUAUCAGUAUUAUACUACAUAGACGUUCAUAUGGCAUUAUAGAGAGCAAAGAAGGGAUAUUUACUGGAUUGUUAAUCUCAAAAGGGAAGGACCUUGAAAAUGAUGCAACUGGAAAUUAAAGGAUUCUUUAAGUGUUCUAAAUGACCUCAAACCUUUUUUAGACAGAGGUGGAUUUUUUCAAACCAGUGCCUUAUGUAAGAAGUUCCUCACGCAAUGGUGGAGGUUUUUCCAAAGUACCAGUUUUUUUGUUAUUAUUAUUUUCCGAGUCGCAAACGCUGUGCGUUUGUCAGAAUGAAGUAUACAAUUCAGUGUUAUAUUUCUUUUUUAUAUGAUAGAUAUGAUAGAUAACUUAUGCAUUUAAACACUACGAGUUGAUCUCAGCCAGCCAAAGAUAGACAUUUUAAUGAUAAUUUUAGAAAAAAAUAUAUGUGGACCAAGGUUGGUCAAAACAAUUGUGGCCUUUCAACUUUAAGCUUUAUAUACAAUUGUUUACAAAUGCGAGCUAUAUGUGCUAAUGUAAAAUGUAUUGUUUUUGUGGAAGCUGGUCUGGUAUGGCAUUUGGACCUCGUUGUUGGCAGGAUUUACAGUGGGAAAAGCGAAACUCUGUGAAUCUCUCUCAACUGAGCAAGAGAGCUAAUGCUCUGAGAUUGCUGACAGAAGCAGUAAAGCAUAAACUUUCAUAAAUUAUAUGAUUUUCUACUGAGUCAAUUUAAUAAACUAUUUUCAAACCAAACUGCUCAAUGUGUAAGGGCCCAGUGUUGUUGCACAGUGUUCUGCUCCUAAACAGAGACCAUUAUACUCUCUGUUGUCUCAGCCCUCUUGCUCAGCCCUCAGAGCACACUGACAGACAGACACACUGAGCGUGCUCUGAGUGUUGCCACAACAAAGCCAGAAAAAAUAUGAUCCUCAGAAAAACAGGCUGAGGAUAUGUCUGAAGCAGAACAGUUUUUUUAUUCAAUAAUUGAAACAUGCUGAAGAUUUUGAGCUUUCGAAUAUGGACUAUGGUCUUAUAUUUGUUUAAUAAACCGAAAACCAUUUCA